AUGUAUGCACGGUUUGUUUACCGAUUUACUAGAUGUGUCCGUAUGCAUGGUUUGGAACUUCCCCACUCCACUGUGUCACUCUCCUCUCUUCUUUCUCUCGCUCUUCUCCUCAAAUUCACUCCAACUCCGCGCCUCGACUCGACGCCCUGGCGCCCCGCCUCGCCUCAGAUUCUAAUGGAUGAUUUGGAGCAACCCAUCGUGCCCUUCUACGAGUCGGUCCACUUUUGGUCUGACCACACCGUCAUGAGCAAGUCUCGCGACACGCGCAACCGCCUCUACAUGAAGGCCCGGCCCUUGAAAGCAGGCCUUGCCAAGGCCAUCGAUGACGGGCUGAUCGGCCCAAAUGACGACCCCGAGGCCCGCUCGAAAAUCCUGCACGAGGAGUUCGACUGGGACAAGGACCUCGCCAACAACAUCUGGUCCUUCGGGCCCAACACCACCGGCCCGAACAUUUUGGUCAACAAGUGCAAGGGAGGAGCCGUCGACGAAAUCAAGGAAUUUGUCGUGGCCGGUUUUCAGAGAGCCUCGAAUGAGGGCCCACUCGCCGGAGAGAGAAUGAGGGGAGUUUGCUUUGAGCUGUGUGAUGCCGUGAUCGACGACCGGGACCUAGACGAGCUCGAGCGACAGAUCAUCGAGACUGCUGAACGUGCCAUGCACGCAGCAUAUCUCUCGGCAACUCCUCGUUUAUUGGAGCCCAUGUACUUGGUCGAGUUUCAGGCGAUGGAGCCCGACCUAGACGUGAUCCACCGAGCUAUGUACGACAAGUGUGGACACGUGUUCAAAAUGGAGGAGAUGCCCGGCAACUCAAUGCUCUACAAUUGCAAGGCCUACCUGCCGGUGAUGGGGUCUGUUGGGUUAUUCGCCGAUCUCCGGGCAAAGAUUUCCGGCGAGAUUUUUACACGAGCGGUUAUUGACCACUGGGAUAUAAUGUAUCCCGACCCAAUGAAUGCCGAGACUGAACCGGGUAAGAUGGUGCAGGAAACUCGGAGGAGGAAGGGAUUAGGGGAGAUGAAGCGGCUGUCAGAUUAUGAGGAUGAGCUGUGAGUUUGAUUAUGUCAAUAUUUUCAGAGGAAGAAUUUAAUAUGAGAAUAUGUCUCAGUUUUUGUACUUCAUCAUGAAAGAUCCAAGUUGCUCUAGUUUUAUCAUCCUCUACUGCUGUAAACAUAUAAGAGGUAUUUGUGUUGUGACAGACUUGCUAAAAUCAGAUUGUACUUAAAAUUAGGCAUGACAAGCACAUCUUUCAGAAUUAGAUCAUCGCUUAGCCUAACCUCACCUAGUUUGACCACUUUAAUUUUAGCUCCAUUUGGGAAAUUCACUGUACUUAUACCUCAACUGAAUUACCGAAUAGAUCUUCAUGGCAACAUAUAUGUUUUUCUUGCUCCUGUGUGUGUCUACAAUCCAACUUGUAUGUUACCAGUCAUUCUAUGAUGCGAAUCCAAAAUGUAUGACUGUUUGUUUACCGAUUUACUAGAUGUGUUCGUAUGCAUGUUAUGGGUAAUUGUAUAUGUUAUAAACGUGCG